AUCAGAUGGUGCAAUUACUGAGUUUCAAGCACAAGAAAAAAUACUUACAAUUCAAACAUCAAAGCAACUUUCAAUUCAUGAUAACAACUUAAAUGUUCAUUUUAGUUGUCUAAUUUUUGAUAAUAUUGGUCUUAUUAUCCGAGUACAAGAUUCAAAACAUGCUAAGAAAACUGCUCAUAAUGCUUUAAUGUCUGAAGCUCGUUUGUUGACAUUUGGAAUAUCAUCAGCCCAAUAUUCUUAUCUUCUUAAUCUUAUAGAAUAUCAUGAUUCAAUUAUGUAUAGAAAUGAUGUUGUAAAGUUAGAUCAUCAAGACGAUAGUGCUGCAUAUAGAACUUUUUGUUCUGCAAAUUUAAAACUAUGUUUGAUCUCAGAUUAUAAAAUACAACCUGGAAUAGAAGUUUUGUUAGUUAAAGCUCAUCGUGAAUAUUAUCCUCAAAUACCUUUAAUUUCUUGGAUACAUGAAACUGAAUCUUGCGAACAUUUUUUUGAUACUGCAAGACAAAUAAAUUCUGAUUUUAAUUUUGCAGAGAUUAUUCAAAUGCUUCCAAAAAUAUCUCAACAUAUAAAAGUACAAAGAGAUAAUAAGUUAAAUUUUGAAAAGAAUAAAUUAGUUCGUGAAG